AUGUUAUCAAGAGCUAUUAAAUCGUCAUCUGCAUCAGCUGCUUCUACAGUUAGAUACUUUUCCACUUCAAGAGCAAUGUUUAUUGAAUCAGGAAGCAACAUUGGAAGAGAUUCAUUUCAUGAAAAGGAAAGAGCUCAAGAAAAUGUUUACAUUAGAAAGCAAGAAGAAGCUCAAUUGAAAAAAUUGAAGGAAAAGUUGGAAGAACAAAAGAAGACAAUUGAGAAUUUGGAAGAAGAAUUGAAAAACCACAAAUCAAAGUAA